AUGAAUUUUAAUUUCCCAAAAGUACGUCUUGCAGCUAAUCAUCGCCGAUUUAUUAGUCCAGCAGUAGAAUCAUUAAUCAAAGAGAUAAAGAAACGUAUUAAAAACAAAGCACUUGCGUGGCUAUUUGAAAAUUGUUUCCCUAAUACAUUAGAUACUACGAUUGAAUUUCAGCGAAAUAAUACUACUGUUCAACAUCAACCAGAUACUUAUGUCAUCACUGGUGAUAUUGAUGCUAUGUGGUUACGUGAUUCCAGUGCACAAGUACAUCCCUAUUUACCUUUAAUGAAACAAGAUGCACAAUUACGUUUGGUAAUCGAAGGUGUACUUUUGCGACAAUGUCUUUGUGUUGAACGCGAUCCGUACGCUAAUGCUCAUUACAAAUAUACCAAUAGGACUAGUGAAUGGCAAAGCAUGGAUCAAACGGAUAUGCGUCCUGGUGUUCAUGAACGUAAAUGGGAAUUAGAUUCUUUAUGCUAUGUUUUACGCUUGAUGCAUUCAUAUUGGAAUGAAGUCGAUCGUGAUACAAAAUUCUUUCAUCAAAAUAGUCGAAUAUUCCAGAGAACUAUUCGCAUUAUUUUGAAGACAAUGAAAGAGCAGCAAAGAUUUCAUAAUUUAGGUCCUUACACUUAUCAACGACAAGGUUAUCCACGUGAUCCACGUGGACAUCCAGCUAGACCGAAUGGUCUUAUUCAUUCAUAUUUUCGACCAAGUGAUGAUUUGCAAAUAUAUCCCUAUCUCGUUCCAUCACAAUUCUUCGCUCAUCAUACGUUGAAACUUCUGUUGGAACUAGUUCAAAAGCUUAAUUGGACAAAAUAUUUUCUUCAUGAUAUUUCUUCAUUAAUUAUUAGUUUACGUAGAGUACUCUUUAAUGUUGAUUCUGACGGACACACUUUCAAUUCAGUUACAGUGAAGCAUGCCAAGUAUGGUCUGAUUUACGCCUAUGAAAUUGACGGCAUGGGCAGAUCGCUUUUAAUGGAUGAUGCCAAUGUGCCAUCACUUCUUUCAUUGCCCUAUUUAUGUCCCAAUGACAUAUCUCUUAACCAUUCAAUAUACCUUAAUACGCGUAUGUUUAUCUUGAGCAAGGAUAAUCCGUGGUUUUCCAAAGGUACUGUUCUCGAAGGAGUGGGGGGACCGCAUGUUGGAUUUGGAAUGGUCUGGCCUCUGGCUAUUAUCAUGCGUGGUAUGACAUCGACUGAUGAUGAUGAAAUUCGUUUUUGUCUCAAAAUGCUCGAAAAAUCUCAUGCUAACACAGGUUUCAUGCAUGAAUCUAUCAAUAUGAAUAAUCCAAAACAAUUCACACGAUCAUGGUUCGCUUGGGCUAAUAGUCUUUUUGGAGAAUUUAUCUGGAAAUUAUAUCGGGAGAAACCAUAUCUAUUGGAUUAG